AUGAAGCAAGAAAGGUACGAUAUCCAUUGUGAUAGUCAGAGCACAUUGGAUUUGAGUAAGAAUGCGAUGUAUCACUCUCGCACGAAGCACAUUGAUUUCAGAUAUCAUUGGCUACGUCAAGCAGUGGAAGAACAACAGUUCAAGUUGGAAAAGAUUCACACUGAUGAAAAUCCUGCUGACAUGACGACGAAAGUUGUAACAGGAGGAAAGUUUCAGCUUUGUGCCGAGUUGAUCGGCAUGGAAUGCAUCAGCCGUUCGGGAGCUAUGUUCGUGAAGAGCAGCGGGCAGCCGUACGUGAGAGUGCCAAGAGAGAUGGCCAAAGCUGGGUUUAUCGAGCUUUGUCGAGAGCUUUAUUCGCGAGUGUAG